GAGCAUAUCCAGCAUUGUGUCAAGCAUUUCGAUAUCACAGGAUGAAAACUUCCGGGUUCUCAAACAUGCCGAGAAUAGCCUCAAAGUUAUGGAUUCUUACUUCCAGAAGCAACAGCUCACCGAUGUCACUUUGGUGGCAGGCUGUAUGUUUCAGCACUUCGCUUCUAUCACAAUACGAAUGACGAAUAAGUGUGAAAAAGCACACGUGAAAAACUCUGACCUAUUGUUGAAAAUUAAAGAAAGAAAUACACGUUCAUUCAGCAACAGUGAUGCAGGAAACCUUGAAAAGAAGAAAAAAUUGUAUCUAAUCUAUUUCAAGAAACUACUUUCUGAACGACGGAGAAGAGAAAAAAAAUCAUCCAGAAAAUUCAUUACACAAAGGAAAUUUCUUCAAAUUUAGUUUCAAAUAUAAGCUAAAGUAAAAGUUUUUCAUAUCUUUACAUCAAUUGUAAAGAUAGAUAAAAAAUAUAAACACAGAAUAACCAGAAAAAUCAUCUUACAAGGAGACUUGCAAACUCAACUGUCUCAUGGUUUCAUUUCACAAUGUUAAAUAGACAAUUGCAGCCUACAACAUAAACUAUGCCAAAGCAACAGACGAAUUCCUGCGCAUCGUCUUGUUCUGAGCGCUGGCUCAGAAUAUUUUGCAGCAAUGUUUACAAGCACCCUGAGAGAAUCGGCACAGCAUGAAAUCGAGCUGAUGGGAGUCGAUGGAGAUGCGCUCUUGGCACUCGUCCAGUACUGUUAUACCGGAUGCAUAGAACUGCGAGAAGAUAGCGUCGAAACACUACUCGGAACUGCAUGUCUGCUACAAUUGAAUCCGGUGGUGAAAGCCUGCUGUCAUUUUUUAAUAAAACAACUUCACCCAAGUAAUUGUCUCGGUAUAAGAAUGUUCGCCGAUACUCAAGGCUGCGCGCAUUUAUUAAGCGUCGCGCACGCCUACACGACAGAACAUUUCAUGGAAGUAAUAAGCAAUCAAGAAUUUUUAUCCCUAUCCGGUAACGAAGUUGCUAAACUUUUGGAAUCCGAGGAUGUAAACGUUCCGUCGGAGGAAACGAUUUUUCACGCUCUAAUGACAUGGUUGCAACAUGAUCCUGAUAAUCGGUGCAAGGAUGCAAGCAAGUUACUAAGCUACGUUAAACUGCCGCUACUAUCGCCUGCUUUCAUAGCCGACAACAUUGAAAGCAACGAAGUAUUCAGAGAUCAAAGAGCUGCUCAAGAUUUAGUCAUGGAGGCUUUGAAGUACCACCUACUACCUGAACGCAGACCCUUGUUGCAAUCCGGUCGUACCAGACCUCGAAAAGCGACUGUAGGUUUAUUGCUGGCCGUAGGAGGAAUGGACGCUAACAAAGGUGCUACAUCUAUUGAUGCAUUCUCACUGAGAGACAAUGCGUGGAAAAAUUUGGCAAACAUGAGCGGAAGACGUUUGCAAUUCGGUGCUGCAGUUGUUGAAAAAAAAUUACUAGUCGUGGGAGGAAGGGAUGGUCUCAAAACUUUGAACACCGUUGAGUGUUUCGACUUUUCUAGUUUAAUUUGGAACACUUUGCCACCAAUGAAUACGCAUCGACAUGGAUUAGGAGUCGCGGUAUUAGAAGGACCUUUGUAUGCUGUCGGAGGACACGAUGGUUGGAGUUUUCUAAAUACAGUAGAAAGGUGGGAUCCGGCAGCGCGCCAAUGGAGUUACAUUGCCCCCAUGUCGACGCAACGAUCGACGGUUGGCGUAGCAGUGCUGAAUAACAAGCUAUACGCUGUAGGUGGCAGAGAUGGUAGCUCGUGUUUAAGAACAGUGGAAUGCUACGAUCCCCAUACAAAUAAAUGGACACCAUGCGCUCCAAUGUCAAAACGCCGAGGAGGAGUUGGCGUAGGUGUUGUUAACGGUUAUCUUUAUGCUUUAGGAGGACACGACGCACCUGCAAGCAACCCCAGUGCGAGUCGAUUCGACUGCGUUGAGAGGUACGAUCCUAAAACCGACACGUGGACGAUGGUGGCAGCAAUGAGCGUAGCCAGAGACGCAGUUGGCGUUUGUGUACUCGGCGACAGGCUUUUAGCUGUCGGUGGAUACGAUGGUCAACAAUAUCUUACUCUGGUUGAAGCUUACGAUCCUCAUUUAAACGAAUGGCAAGAGGUAAAUGUUUCACCAUUAAAAAUGGGCAGAGCAGGACCCUGUGUUGUUGUCAAAAAUCUAAUUGGAAAAACUUAAAAAGUGUUCAAUGUGAGAAGAGGUCAAAUGGUAUGCUUUAUACGGGAAGAUAGUAAAAUUAGUAUAAUUUCAAAUCAGUAUUCAAAACAUCACUCAAUUAUAGAACUGAUACGAUCUGAUGCAGCUGUAAAUUAAAAUUAAUUUACGAAUCUGAUAAAAUACGUUUGGUGAUAGAAAUGAAUCGAUAAUUAGAGAUGUCUUAUCGAUUUGAAUAUGCACUGUAUUCACGUUGAAGAAAUUGUAUCAUAUGCGUGAUAAAACACACAAUACGCUAAAAUAUCAUGAAGUGAAAGAAUUUCGGAGAUUUGACGCUAUUAUAUUUGGUAACUUUCAAAAGCCUGAUAAGCACCAAUAAAAUUGAAUCCUGCGUCAAUUUUUCAGUGUUCAAAAAGCGCUGUGUUAUAAUUUGGUAGCUGUAAUGGCAAUUUUCGCUAAUGUAGUUUUUAAAUGAUUAAUAGUAACGAAGUCUGGAUGAUAAUCAUGUGUAAAAGAUAAUUCAGAAUCCCGAUUACCGUGUUUUCUUAGAUCUUUUCAAAUAUCGAAAUUAUUCUGAGCUGAGUAUUAAUGCCAGUUUUAAGAUUUUUCUAAACAUAUUUCCGUAUUUUUGUAAUUCCAGAUAUUAUCACAUAGAGUAUUUUAAACUAGAGACUGCUUCUAAAGAGGAUCAGUUUUGCGUAUUAUGAUAGUUGCUAGUCUAUUUGAAUUAUAAGGAAGAACUGAGCGAUUUUUCUCGGUAGGAUACUGUUAAGGUAAAUCAUUACAAGUUUAGUUCAUAGACAAUAAGAAAUUACAUCACUUCAAUCUCUAAACAGUUAAUUAUUUCCUUACGAUUAACAAUCCUAGGUGUAAAGGAAAAUUAGAAAUUUCUUGUUUGCUAUAAAUUUUCUCAAAGUAUUCUAAACAAAGCUAUUUUAUUUAUGAAUUGUUCAAUCAAAUAACGAAAAGGUAUCUAGUACUGAAUCUGUAACCUUUUGAAAAUAUGCAUUCACCCACACGUGUCACAAGAGCUUCAGCUCUGUUUUUCAAUAAUGGAAUAAUUGAAAAAUAGUUGUAAGAUUUAUUGAUGUUAUAACGAUUUAUUGUACUGUGAGUUUUUUUAAAAACAUUUCAAGAGCUUUUCUCUUGUUUUUAUACUUUUCAUACUUUACUUUUAAAUCAUGACAAUUUUUUAUUGAGUUUUGUUAAUUACUUUACGCAUACUUGCGUUAGAAAGAAACUGAAAUAAGUAAAUGAGUUGCUAUUUACAAUCAAUGAUCGAUAAUAAUUUAAUCCCUACGACGACUAAAGAUAUCGAAUCAUUAAUUGGCUUUACUGCCUGCCAACUCAGUAUUCUAUUGAUGAAGUUUAUAAAAAUUUUAGAAUAGUUUCAAAUAUGUGUGCAUGUGUGCGUACACAGCGGCCAAAAAAACAUUCCUGUUCGUUAUUAUCCUUGUAGUCAAUUGUAUAGAAACAAUUUGUAUCGAUUAAGAAGGCCUCUUCUGUGUAUAUGCAUAAUAUAUGGAUGAUGUAUGUAAGAUGUGUUUGAAAUAACAGUGGAUUUUUAAUAAAACGUUUUUUCAUUCA